CCGACCGACAGAAAACCACCCGACCGACAGAAAACCACCCGACCGCCGCUGCGAUACUGCGCAUGCGUAAGCGCUCCAGCGCGCGUGUGGGGAGGCGGGGCUUGAGCAUGAGCUGAGCUGACGGUGUUGCUGACUGUUCGUCGUAAUGGCUGCUGUACUGAGGCAGGCAAGAAGAGUGUGUCGCGGAUUUCCUGGCGGCUGGAGAGCCCUCUCCAACGCCUCCUGCCUCGACCCGUCAGAAGGACUGGCAGAGGAGCAGAGGCAGUUCCAGAAGGUGGCCGUGGAGUUUGCAGCCAGAGAAAUGGCUCCUCACAUGAGGGAAUGGGACGAGAAGGUCAGUCUCAAUUUCAUGUUCCUCAGAUGAGUUCUCCUGACACUGCGAGAGAGCUAUUCUUCUCUUAAAACCUUGUACAGAGAGAGAAAGAGAUGUUGCAAUGUUUCACACUUGAGUAACGAUAAUGUUGUCCCAUACACUCACGUUCGUUAAUUAAAAUCUCUUUCUAAACUGAGACUUGCGCAAUCUGAAUGCAGCAAGUAUGAACCUUACAAACAGAUUAUAAAACACUAUUUGUACCUGUUCACACGUUUUCAAUGUCACCAAAUAAGCCCCCUCCCCCCCUAAUUCAGGAGAUAUUCCCAGUGGAGGUGUGCAGGAAGGCAGCAGAGCUGGGGUUUGGAGGUUUGUAUGUCAGGGAGGACGUGGGUGGGAGUGGCCUCUCGCGACUGGAUUCCUCCGUCAUAUUCGAGGCUCUGGCUACCGGCUGUGUUAGCACCACUGCCUACAUCAGCAUCCACAAUAUGUGUGCCUGGAUGAUUGAUGAGUUUGGGAGUCAGGAGUUGAGGAGCAAAUACCUGCCACACAUCUGCAGCAUGCAGCUGCUGGCGUCCUACUGCCUGACUGAGCCAGACUACGGGAGUGACGCUGCGAACCUGCAGACCUCAGCCAAGAGAGACGGCGACCAUUACGUCAUCAAUGGAUCCAAGGCUUUCAUCAGUGGAGCUGGAGACACUGAUGUCUACAUCAUCAUGACCAGAACUGGCGCCAAGGACGAUGGUGCUAAAGGAGUGACUUGUUUCUUGGUGGACAAAGACACUCCCGGGCUCAACUUUGGGGCCAAAGAAAAGAAGGUUGGCUGGAACUCUCAGCCAACGAGAAUGGUCAUUCUCGAGGACUGCCGUAUCCCGGCAACCAACAUGGUCGGGGAGGAGGGACAGGGCUUCACCAUAGCCAUGAAGGGGUUAAAUGGAGGCAGAAUCAACAUCGCCUCCUGCAGUCUCGGGGCAGCCUGGGCCGCCAUUGAUAAGACCACUGACUACCUCAAAGAGAGAAAACAGUUUGGACAGAAACUUUCCCAGUUUCAGCACCUGAGGUUCACACUGGCAGACAUGGCAGCUGGGCUCCUCUCCUCCAGACUAAUGGUGCGACACGCAGCGAGGUCCCUUGACUCCGCCCACUCCCACGCCCCCCAGCUCUGUGCCAUGGCAAAGCUCGUCGCCACGGAGACGUGCUACGACAUCACAAACAAAGCCCUACAACUGCACGGUGGCUAUGGUUACCUGAAGGAUUACCCGGUCCAGCAGUACAUGAGGGACGCAAGAGUUCACACAAUUCUAGAGGGAACAAGUGAGAUAAUGAAGAGGAUCAUAGCCAGCAGUCUUCUGAACUGAUCUCCCACUCUCUGUGGCUCCCUCCAACUCUCUUCUCCUUCUAGAGAUUUCAAUGUCACAAACAGUUGGUAUAUACUGUAACUAUGGCUGUGUGCCUGUGCUUGACUCACAAGUUCUCAAUGUGCUAAUAUGACUCAUAAUACAUGUAAUUGAUGUAUCUACUGCUCCGUGUAGCUCUGCACUUGUAGAAACUAGUGGUAAAAGGCUAUCGAUUUAUGUGGAGUAGUUAUCACCAAAAAUUCCUACAAAUUGCUGUCUUUCCAUUAAGGAAGAAGGAAAGCAAAAAAAGAGUAGGAAACGAUAUGAUC